CUUUCUCUUUCCUGUUUUAAACUGCUUUUCUUUCGUUGUUAUCGAUAAAUACCACCAUUAGCACGAUACAAAAGCCAGUAUGCCUUCAAGACCAGGAUUUUUGAGAGGAACUUCUUCGUCACGUACUUUAUCGUUUGAAGAAUCGCAAUUUUUUGACGCUGUCGAUGGUACCAUCACUUUCGAAGGCUAUAACGUAUUAUCCGACGUGCAUAAAUUUGUCCAGUUUGACGACGCAAUGGUGCUUGUCGUCAUUGAAAAUAUUGGCAGCUCAGGAACAUCAUCAGCCGAAGCAGCAGGACUUGACUAUUGGAUGAACAUGGCGUCCGAACACUCAUCCAGUCAGUUCACCAUCCUUGCUGACCGAGCAGAUUACAAGAUACACCAACACAAUGUACACGUCCGGAUCGGCGAUGUUCACUCACUUGAUGAUGAUAUCUAUGACUUUGUACAUGUGCUGCGUGUCAUUCCACAGACCACAUGGCCUUCGCUGCUCGAAGAACUUAUACGCGUCACCAAGCUCGGAGGAUGUAUCCAGACGGUUCAGUUUGAGCUCAAGGCAAAAGGAAAAGGACCCCAGCUAUUAUUAGAUUUCAUCGGACGUAAUCAGGAGCAACAGCGAGCGGUCCUUAACAAAUCGGUCCACGUCGUACAGGAAUCUUCCAAUUCCUUUGAGCUUGGAAAUGCACGAAGCCGUGAUCCCAGUGGCUUCGAACUGUUGUUGGGGCUGAUCAAAAACAUGGUUCGUUCCGAAAAAUUGAUGGCAAACCCACCAGAACAGGAAGAAGAGGAGGAAGUCGAUGAUGAUAAUGAGGGUGAUGAUGCCGCGGGUGAUGACGAACAAUCCCGCGGUAUAAUGGAUGCUUUGAGGAACGGGCCGCAGUUUUUUGAGUUAGCAAACUCGGUGACACUAGUCGAAAAGUUAGCAUAGAUCAUCUUUAAAAGAUUAUAUAUACA